AUGAUGUCGUUGCCUCCCUCCCCACCCCUCAGCGAGUCUAUGUCCCGUCGGGUGAGUUCAAUGCAAUUCACACCGACAAGACCAACUGCAAAUGACACCCAACGCUGCCAUCAGCUCAUGUCGCAACACAGAAUCAAGAACAACAAGACGCAAUCAGUACCGUUCACCAUCAAAGACGCGAACCCCGUACUCGCUGCCAUUUGUCGUGGCGAGAUUCCCGAUGCCACUCCCGAACUCGUCCGCGCCUUGUUCGAAGCCGGAGCCGACGUCAACGUUGAACGGUACAAAAGCACGAGCUUCUUCAAAAAGCUGCAGGACGUCAACCAACAGGAUGUACGAAACCAUGUCCUCCGGGACGCAGUGAAGAACUGCCCCGGAGAGAUAUUCUAUCUACUGGCCGAAAAGGCCGAUGGCGAGGCCGUCAAGGAAGCCCUCCCCAUAGCAAUAGCGUCGGGCGAUGCGAACAAGACAUACAUACUGCUGGCUCGUGGUGGCGAUGCUUCACCUCUUUGUGACGCCUUUCUAGGGGCUGUCGAAACUGGUCCAGUUGACCUGGUCGAAAUGCUUCUCCGAGAUACCAACGGAGCAUGUCAAGCAUGCCGCGAUCAGGGCCUGGCAAAGGCGAUUGUCGUUGGGAGUUCACCAAAAGCAACUGUAUUACUCAACAAAAGGGCAGACCCAACCGCCAACGAUGGGGCCGUUGUGCAGUCAGCCAUUGAAGCCGGACUGGAAGAUGUCGCAAUUCUUGCGGUAUCUGUCGGGCAGAGCAGGCUAUCGCCAGCAUGUUUAGACAAGACUCUAGGAUUGGCAUACAGCCACAAGCAGUUCGGAGCUGUGCUGGCUUGCGGUGCUGCUGGAGCGAAAGGAUCCAACACCAAUGCCACUCUAGUCAGUGCGGUGUCAAGUAUACAGCCUAGCUUGGCGGACAGCCUCCUCCAAUAUGGCGCCGACAUUGCCACUGAUAACGGCGCUGCAAUCGCAGCUGCGGUGCGCACGAGGGAUCCCGCCAUGCUCGCACUUGUGCUUCGCUACAAGCCGCCGCCACAAGUUGCCAUACAGGCUAUGGUGCAGGUUGCCCGGCUUCAAGACCUCGAGCUUGCGUAUCAAAUGAUUGAUCAACUUCUUGUUGCGGGGGUUCGUGGUGAUUGUGUCUCCCAGGCUCUAGUCGCAGUGUUGGACAGAACCCAAAUGCCAGGGGAUGACCAUCGACGCUUGGAACUUGCUCGUCUACUUCUCCUCAAAGGGGCGGCAGAUAUUGACUGGACCCGAGGUCAACCAGUUGUCACAGCCAUACUCUCUCAGCAAACUAGUGCAGUUGGUCUGUUGUUGCAACACCGGCCCUCACUUGACACGCUAGAAAAUGGCUUGGAACAUGCCGUCACCAUCCAAGAUUCCGAUACAAGACUGCAAAUCACGAGAUUACUCCUGGGUGCUGGUGCUGGUGCUGGUGCUGGUGCCUCCGACUCCUCGAGCCGUUUGGAGCGCAUUGCUUUCAUCGCCGCUGCAAAGGAACUGCACUUGGACCUGAUUGAGUUCUUGGCGCCCAUUUCCCAUUCUCCACAAGCCCUCAUCAUCGAAGCCUUUGUCUCAGCGACAUCUAAUAAUAGCUGGUCUAGUCGCCGCGGUCUACCGACCAUACAGGCCCUGCUGCGACGUGGCGCUUCGGGAGAGCACGUCGAUAAUGCCUUCUGCGGAGCUGCCAGUCAAUGUAACCUCGAGGCAUUCAAUUUGUUGUUGCCUAUGGUCAACCGUGAUGCUCUACCGAGAGCCUUUGAAGCCAUGACCACGGGAUCUGCAAACUGGCAGUCUGAUGAAAACUUGGAGGCUGUCAACUCGCUACUUGAGGCGGGCUGUAGUGGUCAUCCAGUCAGUACAGCGCUCAUAUCGGUCUUGAACUCAUAUGUCAACAAGAGGGCAUCGGAAGAUUUGGUGGAUACUCUGCUUGAAUAUGCCGACGUCAAUUUCCAGCAUGGUGAAGCUGCCAAUAUUGCCGUCCGAGCUGGCGACGUCAUUCUAUUGAAGAAGUUGGCAGAGUACCACUUGAAUAGCGAUACACUCUCUAGAUCUUUCGCGACGGUGUUGAUGACGCCACUUGAGGAAUCUGUCGCACUCGCCUUGAUAGAGGCGAUUCUCGAGGCCACCAAAGCUUUGGGGAACAGGAUUGACUUGGAAAUGUGCUUACCAUUAUCCGGCCUCUCCUCAGUCGCUGCCUGCAUAUCUGCUCACUCUCAAUCUGUGCUUUUGAUCAAGCGGUUGCUGAAACUUGGCUGCAGCCCAGAUAACCAGUUCUUGGCAUCAUUGAGUCCUGGGUUUGGCGAAGAGUCGACUACAGCAUUACUAUGGGUCAUAGCCCAAAGCGAUGCCAUCUCUGUCGACAUUCUCAAAAUCUUAAUCAAAGCUAAGGCAAAUAUUGACUAUGUCGCACCCAAGUCAAGAUUAACGGCAUUAAUGCUAGCAGCUAAAGCACAUCGACAUGACGUGGUGAGGCUAUUGCUUAAGGCUAAUGCCAACCCCUUGCCGCGCGACUACCACGAGGAGACCGCUCUGGUAUUUGCAUCAAGAGCAGGGGAUCUAGCUUCCGUCAAGAGUUUGAUCAAGGCCAAGUCCAGUACUGAUGACGGCAGUCUUCACGAAGCUUCUCGUAACUUGCAUCACGACGUUGUUGCGGCCUUGUUGAAAGGCAAGCAUAACCCAAACUAUCCCAGCUAUGCAAAGCGGCAUAACGGACGGACAGCCAUGCAAGAGCUCGCGUCCUGUGUUCAAGAUGUGGGCGACAUGCUUAGAUUGGAGCAGACAAUAAGAGCCCUAUCGGAUUCGAAAGCAGACCUUUUACUACCACAUAUCCCUAGUGGUAGAAAGAACUCUCUUUUUCUUGCGUUGAACAAUCCUCAACCCAUCUCCGUCACUAAGGCGCUGCUAAAAGUUGCCAUGUGGACCCAAAUCAACCAUCCUGACAAUGUCUACAUUCAGCACCUGCAAUCUGGCACUAAGUGGCACUUUUCUCCGACCAUGUACGUCGUGAGUAGCUGCUUCACUGGUGACCAUAAUCAUGUGGAAGAACUGAGGACCAUGCUGUACAUGGCCCAAUGCCAAGAUCGAAAGUUCCCCGAGUAUGGCCCUGGCGAAGCCCAUCAACUUCUCCCUGAAGACGUAGUGGGCGCCCCUCAGCAUAUUCUAGAUAGAAAUGCGAAGCGAUUAGUAGACAAAGAGCUCCGAGAAAAGCGCGAGCAGGAUCACCAGACGAAAUUGCGCUUCAUGCAUGAAGAGGCUCUCCAAAAGGGAUAUAUUCAGGACAUGCAUGUCAAUCAGAAGCUGGAGCACGCCUCCCGAACACACCAGGUUGACCUGGUGAAUCAAGUCGAGAAAACGGAGCUGCAGCAAGGCGCGAUUGAACGAAAGAACGCCCUCGCAGCGGCUAGCCAGCAACAAGUCGAAGAACACAAGGCACGCAAUGCUUAUAUUGACGUAACCACACAACAGACGCAGCUACAGCUGAAGCUCAAUUUCCAAGAGCAACAGGCCAAGUCCAAGAUUGGUCAGCAAAAGAUGCAGAAUGUUCUUGCAGACGAGGCUCAAUCUUCCAAGCUCAGCUUCCAACAGCAACAGGCCAGGUCCAAGAUUGGUCAACAAAAGAUGCAGAACGUUCUUGUAGGCGAGGCUCAAUCUUCCAAGCUAAAGUUCCAACAGCAACAGGCUAAGUCCAAAGUUGGUCAACAAAAGAUGCAGAAUCUUCUCGCAAACGAGGCCCAAUCUUCCAAGCUCGCCGGCCAGAAGCGGGCGCAAGCCCUCAAAGCAGCUGGUGAUCGGUCUGCCCAGGUAUUGAAAGCCAGGGAACAUAAAAUGAAAAUGGAAGAGACACGAGCUAAGCAAAUGCUAAGGCGAUAA